GCUUCUGAAAUAAAUGCGUAUGAUCAGAUAUGUGUUGUUUUAAUUUAAAAUGUUUGAAAUGAAUGUUAAGGAUACAUUUCGAUAUUUUUUACUUGUUUGGAUAAUAUUUAUUGGAAUUUGGUUUCUUUAUAUGAAUCGUGGAACAGAUAGAAUCGCUGUUUUUAAACACCAUACAGCCUUCAAGAUCGAUGGACUAAAUACCCCCUCUGCAAAUGCGAACACGUACACAGAUUCUGUCAGACUAAAAGAAGUGAUUCUAAACUUUACCGAUUUCGCUGAGAGUUGUCUUAGACAUAUAGUAAAUGCAACAAACUCAGAUACCGUUGACAAAACCUUGGAUGAGAUCAACCAUUUUCGAAGAAUGUUCAAAAGCAUUGGACUCACUGGGUCUCCAUUCAAUGCCUUGCUAAACAAACCAGGCAUUGACUUAAAACAAGGUGAUGUUAUCCUCCCUAGCCUAUCCUGCAGAAAUAAUACAAAUAACAUAUCUCUUACUCAUGAUGUCCGUCGUGAAUUAGUAUUGCGAUAUGAGAAGACAUUCUACAAUGAUUUUCCCGAUUUUAUACGACGACGUUUUGAAAUGUUACGGAUGAAUGCAACUAAUACAUCAAUAGCUAAGCACAAAUUGAAAAAAGCUGUGGAGGAAAUUAUGACAAAUUUAAGGACCUUUAAACAUGAAUAUCUCAAGCUCCAGAUAUCCAGAUCAAAAGCAAACAUAUGGAAAAGGACAAAAUCUCUUGAACUUCAAAAGAAUAUGUGGUCAUUUCUUAAAGAAACACAGGACCUAGCCACUUGUAACUCAACAAAGACGUUGACCUGUUUGCAUGUUUACGGGACUGGCUUCGGAAGCUUCGUACAUCGUAAUGUGUUUUGUUUGGCAGCUGCUAUUUUCUCCAGGAGGACCAUGGUUAUUAAUGAAAGAAGUUUGAAAUAUUUCGAGAACCAUACACAUGUAUAUUUCCCCCUCAAAAACUUGUCAAAUGUUCAUUGUUUGAAAAGAAAGUCAAGGAGGAUCUUUUCAGAUUCAGAUUUUGCAAAGCACGAAUCCCUUGAAGAUGUCAGCCUUCGAGCAGUAGAAACUAGUAUCGUUGACCCAUUGGAAAUUCCUGCACCGUUUGUUAACCAGAUCGGUAUUUUCCAUAGCUAUCCACCCGCCUUUUGGAUAGGGUUGUUGUCGAAUAUGUUAUUUGAAGAGGAUAUAUUUGAAAAACAGCUACUAAAGUAUAUGAACAUAUUGAAAUUUACAUCGCCUAUUGUUGGUGUGCACAUUCGACGGACAGAUAAGAUUCAGCAGCAUGAAGCUAGGUUCCAUACCCUAAGCGAAUACAUCUUCCAUGUUGCAAACUGGUACGAUGCCUACGAGGCGGUUCAUGGUUUUACACAAAGAACUGUUUUUCUAGCUUCGGAUUCUCCUGAUGUUUUUGAGGAAGCUGUCAAAGAAUACCCGAAUUAUACGUUCAUUUUCAACAACCAAACGCUGCCAACUGCAGACAGUGAGGACCAUAAAAGUAUGGAAGAAUUACCAUUGCACGGAAUCGUAUUCGACAUUCAACUGCUAUCUAGAUGUGAAUUUAUCGUGUGUACUAUGUCGUCAAACGUUUGUCGACUGGCGUAUGAAUUGAUGCAGCUUCAUCACGGCGACGCUUCAGAAAAAGUUGUUUCCCUUGACAUUGACUAUUACUUUUUCAAACAUUUGCCAAGAAUGUAUACUGCUAUCAUUGCACAUUCAUUUCCAUUCAAAGGAGAAAUUACAUUUGAGGAGGGCGAUGUAAUACUGGUGAAAUCUGGGGACUGGAGGACCAAACAAACACCAGGGUUCCUUUUUGGAAAAAACAGAAGGACAGGAGAUGAAGGACUUGUACCAAGGUUUAAAAUUGUGGAAAUAUUCAAGCGGAGAAUUAUUGAAUGAGCAGGAAAAUUGUUUGAAGUAGUCGGCGUAUCGGCAUACAUAGUAGACGUUGCGGAACACAUCGUGAACGUGUAUUUGUACAUAAGGGAUAUAUGACAGGACCCGUUUGCUGUGUAAAGGCGUAUCCGUCGAAAACGCGUAGCGGUCGAGUUUUUGUACACCGCAGAAGACGUGAUACAGGUUGUCAGUAUAGCGUCCUAUCGUAAUAUUCCUUUUAUUAUAUGUUUCCUUUCCUUUUUUCGAUAUUAAACGCAUCGCUUUUAGUUUUAAGCAAGAAACUGCAUUAAGAAUCUACACGACAACUGCUGGAGUUUUCAUGUCAGAAAUGACGUCAUAGAUCAACCGCAUUAAUGAUUUAGUGCCUUUUCUUGAAUAUAAACUCAAAUCAGCAAUUGUCUACGUUCUUAGUUAUUUCUUUAGAACAUAUAGUACGUUCCUGAAAAGAUAUUACUGAAUAUCAAGUUAUGAUUGUAAGAAAAAUAUGAAUAAACGUCAGUCUGUAUAAAGUAGAACUCAUCACAUGCUACUAUGCUGAUACGGGUUUGGAAACCGACAUACGGAUUUUUUCAAAAAGAGGUUCCGUAUUUUCACUGUUGGAUAUGGAAAAACAGAUGACAGGCAUAUUUAAAAUUUAGUUACACGUUUAUGUGUAUGUGAACAUUGCCGUUGAACUUAAAUUCCAUUUGCGGAAUUCAUAUUGUAGAUGUCCGCUUGCCGAAUGUCUGGGUGUGAAUAUUUCGACAUUCGA